AUGUCCUCCGAGUCCAAUACACCACAUAUUGGAUACGGCGUAGUUGUCGGCAUUGGGUUUUUCUUUGCUUUGGUCAUGGUCUUCUUGACCUAUUUACAGUCUAAAUUCACAACAGUAUCGCCGAGUUCAUCAGAAGAAUUCACCAGUGCCUCUAGAAGUGUAAAGCCGGGACUCGUGUGCUGCGGUAUUGUCAGCGCUUGGACAUGGAGUGCGACACUGUUACAGUCUAGUACAGCUGCCUAUACCUUUGGCGUCAGCGGUCCAUGGUGGUAUGGUGUUGGGGGGACUAUACAGCUUGCGAUAUUCGGAAUGGUCGCUGCCAAAGUUAAAAUGAACGCAAACGGAGCUCACACCUUCCUCGAGAUCGUCCAAGUACGGUUCGGGACAGGACCCCAUCUUUUGUUCACAUUCUACGCCUUUUUAUGCAUCAUGGUCGUUUGUGGAUCUCUUCUAUUAGGAGGCGCAGCAACAGUCAACGCUCUGACAGGAAUGAAUACUAUAGCCGCCUGCAUGCUUCUCCCCAUAGGUAUUGCGGUGUAUGUGCUCUGGGGAGGACUUCGGGCUACAUUCAUCUGCGAUUGGAGCCAUACCAUCAUCCUCUUCACCAUAAUCUACAUAUUCAUCUUCAGUGUCUUUGGAACCUCACCCGUGACGGGAGGCUUGCACGGCAUGCACGAUCUACUAACCGAGGCAGGGAAUGAGGUUCCUGUCACAGGGAAUGCGCAAGGCAGUUACCUCACAAUGAAGAGCAAUCAGGGCCUUGUAUUUGGUGCGGCCACGAUUCUCAGUGGAUUUUCAGGAAUCUUCUGUGAUCAAGGCGAGGCUCCUGUCCAUACGCCGUUACUGGCAAAGGGUAUCAUCCUUAAAGCCGCUAUCGCAAGUGACCCGAAGACGACCACAAAAGCAUAUAUGCUCGGUGGGUUAUCCUGGUUCGCGGUCCCAUUUGCAUUCGCCUCGUGCCUGGGACUGGCUGCUCGUGCCCUCGUCAACGAUCCCAGGUUCCCCACUUACCCGGCGCCUUUAUCCCCAGCGCAAACUAGCGCAGGAUUGGCGGCACCAGCGGCCGCAUCGGUGAUCAUGGGCAAAGGCGGAGCAGCGGCAAUCUUACUGGUUGUCUUCAUGGCCGUAACAUCUGCCGUCAGUGCGGAAUUAAUAGGUGUUUCUAGUCUCUUCAUUUAUCGGACCUACUUCCGACCCACCGCGCGGGGACCCGAAAUUGUUCGAGCAUCACAUUAUUUCAUCUGCUUCUGGGCAGUGUGGAUGGGAUGUUGGGCAGUGAUCCUACACAAAGCUAGUAUAGAUCUAGGAUGGCUGUUUUAUGUCCAGGGAGUAGUUCUGAGCCCCGCUGUCAUACCAAUUGCUUUGACGGUGUCCUGGAGUAAGCUUACUCGGGCAGGGGUGCUGUCCGGUGCCCUCAUUGGCGCAACACUUGGUAUGGCAGCAUGGAUGAUAGGUUGUUGGAAAAUAUAUGGCGUGAUUAACGUCGCCAACCUCGCGAACCCAUACUCUGCCGUAUGCAGCGGUUUGACGGGACUUCUGUUCUCGGGGCUAAUUACCGUGGCCGUUUCCCUUCUCAGUCCAGAUGAUUACAGCUUCCAUGGUACUAGGGCGAUAGAAGAUCUAGACAAAGUUGCCUCAAUUCCCCCUGAUAGCCCCCCUCUCACUGUCAGGGGCGACUUCAGUCCAUCUGAGAGGAAAGCAGGGAAAGUCGAUGUAGAAGCGGGGUCAAUCCAAGUGAAAGAAAGUGCACCAUCAGAGCAAGAUGAGCGUGACAAACCUGUCGACAUCACUACCCUUCGAGCAUCAUUCAAACGUGCGGCUAUAUACUCCUCGAGUCUGACCGCCAUUGUCACCAUCAUUGUGCCCAUCCCCAUGUUCUUCAGCAACUACGUCUUCAGCGUGCAAUUCUUUGGGUUCUGGAUUUCCGAUAUGGGUCCUUAUGAGUGGUAUCUUCUGCGUUCUUUUGCCUAUAUGGGAGUCCAGGGCACAAAUAGUGAUUAUCGCAAGGGGAUGCUGGAAGGCACUGAGGUCAUCGCUUCCGCAUUAGGGCAAAAGCAUUAG